AUGGACGACCUCUUUGACGUCUUCGAGGACAGUCCCCAUCCUGUACAGCCCCCAACUGAUGCAUCUACUAGACCAGACAAGACGCAGAAAAAGCGACUCAAGCGACAGGCUAAUGGCGAAGUUAAGGAUGCGGUCAAUGGCGAAGAGGCUGCUCUUCCCAGCGAUGUGAAUGACUCAGACUCCGAGAACAACGGCGCAGAAAGUUUGGCAGGGGAUGAGCCAGACGUGAAGCGCAUGCGCAUAGGAGAUGAGCAAGAUCCUGUUGUCACAGAUACUUUUGAGACCGAACAAUCCAGGGAGGUAGCAGCAUCCGCUGGUCUGCAAGCGUCAAAAGAGGAGGAGAAGGUAAUCCUCUCACAUCAAGUUCGUCAUCAGGUCGCCCUUCCCCCCGACUAUGAUUAUGUCCCGAUCUCAGAACACAAACCUCCCGCCGAACCUGCUAGGACGUGGAAAUUCCAGCUUGAUCCUUUCCAACAAGUCUCCAUUGCCUCCAUCGAGCGAAACGAAAGUGUCUUGGUUUCAGCACAUACCAGCGCCGGUAAAACUGUGGUGGCUGAGUAUGCCAUCGCGCAAUGUCUCAAGAAUAACCAGCGGGUCAUUUACACCAGUCCUAUCAAAGCACUAAGCAAUCAAAAGUACCGAGAAUUCCAGGCCGACUUUGGCGAUGUCGGUUUAAUGACCGGAGAUGUCACGAUCAAUCCUACUGCUACCUGUCUCGUGAUGACUACGGAAAUCUUGCGCUCCAUGCUGUACCGAGGUUCUGAAAUCAUGCGAGAAGUUGGUUGGGUUGUUUUCGAUGAGAUCCACUACCUGCGAGACAAAACUCGAGGUGUUGUGUGGGAGGAGACAAUCAUCUUGCUACCAGACAAAGUGCGCUAUGUCUUCCUGUCGGCGACCAUCCCCAACGCCAUGCAGUUUGCCGAAUGGAUUACGAAGACACAUAGCCAACCAUGCCACGUCGUUUACACUGACUUCAGACCAACUCCGUUACAACACUAUUUCUUCCCCGCAGGAGCAGAUGGUAUCCACCUCAUUGUGGAUGAGAAAGGUGUCUUCAGAGAAGACAACUUUGAGAAGGCCAUGAGUACGAUUGCCGCCAAGCAAGGAGACGACCCUGCUAAUGCCAUGGCUCGUCGGAAAGGCAAAGGCAAGGACAAGAAACUAAACAAGGGAGGAACGAAAGGCCCUUCUGACAUCUACAAGAUUGUCCGCAUGAUCAUGACCAAGAACUACAACCCUGUCAUUGUUUUCAGUUUCAGCAAGAGAGACUGCGAGGCCUAUGCGAUCCAGAUGAGCACCAUGUCUUUCAACGACGAUUCUGAAAAGGCCAUGGUUUCGAAGGUCUUUGACAGUGCGUUGGAAAUGCUCUCGCCUGAGGAUAAGAACUUGCCACAAAUUCAGCACUUGCUACCUCUGCUAAGACGCGGCAUUGGUAUCCAUCACUCGGGUUUGCUUCCCAUUCUCAAGGAGACAAUUGAAAUCUUGUUCCAGGAAGGGUUGAUCAAAGUUCUGUUUGCAACCGAGACCUUUUCCAUUGGACUCAACAUGCCAGCUAAAACUGUUGUAUUCACCAGCGUUCGCAAAUUUGAUGGUGUUUCACUCCGAUGGGUCACCCCGUCCGAGUUCAUUCAAAUGUCUGGACGUGCCGGCCGUCGCGGUCUCGAUGAGCGGGGAAUUGUCAUCAUGAUGAUCGACGAGGAAAUGGACCCCACCGUCGCCAAAGAGAUCGUCCGUGGUGAGCAAGACAAAUUGAACUCGGCUUUUUACCUCGGGUACAACAUGAUACUCAACCUGUUGCGAGUGGAAGGUAUCUCUCCGGAGUUCAUGUUAGAGAGAUGCUUUCAUCAAUUUCAGAAUACGGCAAGCGUGUCAGGCCUGGAGAGAGAAUUGCAGCAACUGGAAACCGAAAAGUCGGCGAUGGUUAUCGAAGACGAAAGCGCCAUUCGCGCAUACUAUGAACUUCGAAAACAACUCGACGUUUAUGCCGAAGACAUGAGAAACGUCAUCAUCCACCCAAACUACAGCUUGCCGUUUAUGCAACCAGGUCGUUUGGUCGAGAUCAAGGAUGGUGAAUAUGAUUUUGGUUGGGGGGCAGUAAUCAACUUCGCGCGGAGAAGCCAAGGCAGAUCGAACGAGCAGUUGCCUCCUCAGGAAGAAUGGAUCCUUGACAUCGCCCUGGAAUGUGCCGAAGGUCCAGCUCCUGCCACGAAGACGUUUCAGUCUCUGCCAGCCGGCAUUCGCCCACCUCAACCCGGCGAGAAGUCCAAGAUUGAGGUUGUUCCCGUCCUCCUCAAAUGCGUCCAGAAGAUUUCUCACGUCCGCAUCUUUCCACCUUCAGACAUGACAAACCCCGAAGAACGUAAAAAGAUCCAAAAGUCUCUGGCAGAAGUUAAGCGUCGGUUCCCGGACGGCCUGGCGGUGUUGGAUCCCAUCGAGAAUAUGAAGAUUACGGACAACUCGUUCAAGGAGCUCCUCCGAAAGAUCGAGAUCAUGGAGUCAAGACUCGUGGCUAAUCCAUUGCAUAACUCUCCGCGACUGGAAGGCCUUUAUAACCAGUACGCACAGAAGGUCACUCUAACAGACAAGAUCCGAGCGUUGAAGAAGCAAAUCCAGGACGCCCACUCCAUCAUGCAAAUGGAGGAGCUGAAAUGCCGAAAGCGGGUCCUUCGUCGACUCCAAUUCAUCAACGAAGAUGAAGUUGUCCAGCUGAAAGCUCGCGUUGCGUGUGAGAUAAGUACUGGUGAUGAACUCAUGCUCAGUGAGCUCUUAUUCAAUCGGUUCUUCAACGACCUGACUCCAGAACACUGUGCUGCCGUUAUGAGCUGCUUCGUUUUCGAGGAGAAGGUCAAUGAGCAGCCGACCUUGCCAGAGGAUCUUGCAAGACCUCUACGUGAAAUUCAGAGACAAGCGAGAGUCAUCGCCAAGGUAUCUGUUGAGUCAAAGUUGGCGGUCAACGAGGAAGAAUACGUGCAGAGCUUCAAAUGGCAGCUCAUGCCUGUGAUGUUUGCUUGGGCGACGGGAAAGUCAUUCGGCGAGAUCUGCAAAAUGACCAAUGUCUACGAAGGUAGUCUGAUUCGAACUUUCCGGCGACUUGAAGAAGCAUUACGCCAGAUGGCGGAAGCCUCAAAGGUGAUGGGAAGUGAAGAGCUGGAGAAGAAGUUUGAGGAGGCGUUGAGCAAGGUAAGACGAGAUAUCGUGGCCGCCCAGUCGCUGUAUCUCUAG